GGUGCAGCGUAGAAAAUUCACAGGCCCGCAGUUGCGUUUCAUCCGUGAUGCAAUCGAUGGGCCAGCCGCCCGGUCAAUGGCAUUUUCGGCCGCUUCGUGUGUGUGCGUCUGGGUGCGUCUUGUGCUUGCGUCUCGGUAACGGGAGCACGGAAACGAAGGGGGUAAGGAGGCAAGGCCGAGGCGAUCCGUGCCUGGCGGAGUGGGAAUCGCCUCGUAUUUGUCAACCGGGUGACGACAAACGCGGCGGUCGUCCGGUGUCGAUUCCAGAUAACGAUCGGAGCGAAAAACCGGUCCGCCGAGCCCUUCGUCUUUCGCGUAAUGAGGCCUUCUCUCUCUCUCUCCGCGAGGCCUUCUCUUUCCCUCGCCAUCGAUCAGUUCCUGCGUCUUUCAUUCAUCGGGAUAUAAAUAUCUGGCAGACUUCCCCUCGGCUCGAGGAGGAACGCGAUUCGAGCUGGGAAUUCGCGGGAUUCACGGCUCAUUUAAGUCGACGGGGAAGCGGAACCUCGAGCGAGGUGUCGGGUUUUACCUCCUCGAAUUUCCCAUUCCGCAGUCGAUGUCACAGCCGAUGUCACCGACGAUGUCACCCCGACGCGACGUCGCUCGUCUCAUCGGCGACGAAGCGCGAAAUUUCAUCGUCUUUUUUAUCUUCUUUUUUUUUUCUCUCUCCCCUCGCAGGUGCGAUAGACCACGCUCCCCACCCCCAUGCACUCAUCGCCUGCCGGAAACGAGUGCACGAGAUGGCCGGGGCGGGGCCCGGCGUGAUCGAAUGGACUACCGGGGAGUCCGGCUGAAGCUGCGAGCGUGGCAGGCAGACGGCCGGGAGAGCAUGCCGUCGAGACGCAACGCGACGAGGACGAUAUGGACGGUGGGGGCGCUGGCGGCCCUCGCCUUCGUCUUCUAUCAGCUCUUCGCCUGUGAUAAUUCCGUGCGGUCGGGGUUCGUCAGUUCCAAGGAGAGCGUUUUGAUGGACCCGAACACGAACCAGCUGUACACGUACGGCCGGGAGUCGCCGUUCAUCUUCAUCGGCGGGAUGCCCCGCUCGGGGACGACGCUGAUCCGUGCCAUGCUGGACGCGCACCCGGAGGUGCGGUGCGGGGAGGAGACGCGGGUCGUGCCCCGGAUCCUCCAGAUGCAUAACCACUGGAUGAAGUCGGCGAAGGAGAAGAUUCGGCUGGAGGAGGCGGGCCUCAACGACGAGGUCCUGAACGCAGCCAUAUCGGCCUUCAUCUUGGAGGUGAUGGUGAAACACGGGGAACCGGCACAGCGACUGUGCAACAAAGAUCCCUUCACUCUCAAGAGUGGGACCUACCUCAUGUCUCUCUUCCCGAACGCCAAGUUUCUCUUCAUGAUACGAGAUGGGCGUGCUACUGUCCAUUCCAUCAUCUCUAGAAAGGUGACAAUCACCGGUUUCAACCUGAACGAUUACCGGCAAUGCAUGGAGAAGUGGAACGCAGCCGUGGAGACCAUGUACGACCAGUGCCGACAGCUCGGAAGCCACCGGUGCCUGCCGGUGUAUUACGAGCAGCUGGUGCUCCAUCCCAAGGCUCAGAUGAAACGAAUCCUCGAGUUCCUCGAGAUCCCGUGGAACGACUCUGUCCUCCAUCACGAGGAACACAUCAACAAGCCUGGAGGAGUCUCUCUGUCAAAGGUGGAACGCUCCAGUGAUCAGGUGAUCAAGCCAAUCAACAUUGAAGCCCUGACCAAAUGGGUUGGGAAGUUCCCAAAGGAUGUCGUGGACGACAUGCCAAAGAUCGCGCCCAUGCUCUCCAGACUCGGAUAUGAUCCGUACUCCAAUCCGCCCAAGUAUGGUGAUCCGGACACCGUGGUGGCAUUGAAUACCAACGAAAUCUCCGAGCAUGCGGCCGAGUGGCAGCUCAAGGUGGAGCAACUCAUCUCCAGCAAGCGUAAUGGCAGUAGCUCGAGGAGGUGAUGAAUUUAUCUUCACCCCGACAGCAUCGUGUUGCUACAAUCAAAAUUGAACUAGUGUGUUGGUGUGUGGUAUGGUUCAUUAGAGGGUAAUUUUUUGGGCUCCAUCACCUGUUCAGCUUUGACAUCAUGGAGGAAUGAAUUCCCCAAGAAGCAGCUAGUCAUCCUUAUUAUCUAUAACUUGAUAAAAGAAAUUCCAGAAUAUGGGACCAUGUUCUUGUGUUCUGGGGAGUGGGUUGUUCUAGGUUUUCUUUGCUUGCACAUGAAGUACCACUGCCCUCAUUGAGGCAACGGGAAGAGAAUCUGGAAUCUCUGCUCAUGUAUGGCGUGGUGCCCGAUAUGCAUUUCCACAUGCAUGACAUUGACUUUUUUCUUGCUUGAAAUUUCAAAGAUUUUCAUCAGAAUACUUCCUGUGAUGCAUCAUAUCCUUGCCAGCUUGUUACAUGCUGUUCCCUUGUCACACCUCAUUGUUUCAGUUAUUACCCCUACUUGUCUCUGAACCUCUUCCUGGUAGCAGGGAUGGCCAUUAUUGUUAUUGUUAAUUUUUUGUUUUUUUCUUUUUUUUUUUUGCCCAGCUUAGUGUUUUCAAACUGGUAGUAUAGGUAUUACUCAAUGAUUUGCAGUCUGUUUCUGGGUGACAUUUUAUACCUGUACUUUCCAUGUAUCUGUAUUUUGAAGCAUUCUAAGGGGUAUUGUGUGGCUUUGAGUGGCCCAAUUCCAUCUUGUAUUGCAGGGGUGAUGCUUUUUCAUUAGCAUGAACUUAUUUCUUUCUCAAUCUCUUGGGAGUCUUGGCACUUCAUAUAAGACUUUGGUUUUUUUUCUGCACUCUGGGUGAAAAAAAAAAAAGGUGGUAGGGCGGAAGGUUUCCCCCUAGAGGGAUACUCUUGGGUUCAAUUUCCCCAGGCAAUCCAUCACUGUCACACCAAAGUGAUUCAUCCUUCAAAACACUUUUUUUUGCUCAUUCUCCUUGUUUACUACUUUGCAGUCAAUCAAUCAUCCCAUGGAUGAUGUAAACUUGAUCUGACCUGGCCCUUGUGAUGGAUCUGAUUCCUGGAUAUGUGAUAAUGGAAAUAAAAUGUUUCAAGAAUCAGCACUUCAA